AUGGCAGAACCAAAUCAUAUAUUUGUGAAACCUUUACCAAAUUUAGCUUUUGACAAUGAUCGAGCAGCAUUCCCCUUCUUUUACAUUACACCAUCCGAACAUGAGAAAAUCAUCAGGAAAUACUAUCCUGAAGAAAGGGAAGCUUUGGAAUCAUGGCAUGUUGAGACGCUAAAAGUUGCAAAAGGUGCAUCUAUUCAGAAUUCAUCAAAUUUGGGCCUCUCCAGUGAGGAAGCACGAUUGUUAAAGCGAGCCCUGGAGUUCAACUGGCAUGCACUAUUGGAGGAUAUUGGUCUGUGGAUUUCAGCAGAAGUCCCACACACCGAUCAUGAUAACAAACCUGCGAAUGAACCAGAAGAAGAAGAAAUAAUAGCUGGUCCACCUUUGCGUCCACAAUGCAACACUGAGCUACAUGCCGAUUAUGGUGGUGCUGCUGUGAAAUGGGGCUUAAUGCACCACAAAGAAUCUGUUGCUGAUUGUUGUCAAGCAUGUCUAGACCAGGCUAGGAAUGCCAAGCCAGGUAAAUUGAAGUGCAAUAUAUGGGUAUAUUGCCCAUCAGAGUUUGGUUGCUAUUCACCAGAUAAAUAUGAGCAUAAACAUCAUGAGUGUUGGUUGAAACAGUUUGCUGUUUAG